AUGCUCGCUCAUGGUACCGAGCUCAACCCUGACAAUGAGCACCAUUUUGUCCUGGACGCUCGGGAAAUCGAUCCCCCUCUCUCACUCGAUGAACAGCAACUGUCGAUCGAAGAAAAAAAUUACCGACUUGGUUACAUCCUUGAGCACUUCCAACUGGACGAAGCGCAGACACGAGUAUUUGAUGCUUCCGUAACAGCCAUUACAUGCGGCGUCCAUUUUACUCAAGGGCCGCCCGGAACAGGUAAAACUACACCAUGCGUGGCUAUUGUCCUUGCUCUCGCUGCGCUAGGUCACAAGGUCAUGCUUGCCGGAGGCGCCAAUAAGGGUACUGGCGACCUCAUCCGGCUGCGGACGCUCUCCCGCCAGCUCUCUGAGAUCCGUGUGCAAAGUAGCUCGCCGGGUAGCCAUCCUUGGAAGGGGGCUGGAAAAUCUGCAGUUCUCGAGGACCACGAGAUCAACGCCCGUGUUAUGCGACUUGUUUCUGAGAGUGGCCCCGACGCGCCCCCCUCGUACGAGAGACUCCUCCAUCUCAUCGAAGCGGACACAGAAUCUGCUUUGGUUUCUGGGCAGACCAGGGAGCUAAGGGAGAUCUACCAGGAGGUCUGCAACGUGUUGUUAUCGAAAACUCGAAUCAUCGCCACUACACUGGGAAACGCCGCAAAUGAUCUUCUCCGGUCUGGCUAG